CGUCGGGUGGACGGGUUUCCAAGACGCGAGGAGGGUGACGCGUUUCUUACACGCGCGGCGGCGGCGGCUGCAGCAAAACCACUGUCGCGGCGGAGCUUCACCGACGGCGCGGUCGAUCUCGCCGCCGCCCGAUCUCGCCGCCCCCAGAUCUCGCCACCGCUUCCUCCCGCCACCACCUCCUCGACACGAAGACCUCUUCGGUCGCCAGAUCCGGCCGCCUCCUCGCCGUCGCCCCCAACGGAACCUUCAACCGCCGUAUCCUCUGCGCCGUCAACUCCGCCACCAGCUGCUCCGUUGAACUGGCGUUCACUCCGGAACCCAAGCCUUAUUGGAUUUCAAUCGAAGAGGAGGAGGGUCCACCAAGCUGGGACCCCGUGCCUGACCCUUGGAGCUGUUUACCUCAUCCUAGCAAAGAUAUGUCUCCAAAUGGAUCUCCACUGUAUCCAAAGGGUUCUCCAAAAUAUAACUUGCAGCAUGCAAAAAAAAGUAUGAAAAGGUCUGGAAAAAAGGCUUCUCCAAUAGUUGACAAAUCGAGAGCAUCAUGGAAUCCGGCAUUGGAGAAGUCUCUUGUGGAACUGCUACAUGAGCACAAUACCACCUAUCAUAGAAGUCAAAAUGGAUGGACAACCGAAACUUGGAACCUGAUGGUUUCAACUUUCCAUGAAAGACACCCCCAUGUGAAAUUCACAAAGUCUCAGGUUCAAGACAAGGAAAAGGAUCUAAAGAGGGAUUACAGGAUUUUAAAGGAGGCUCGUAAACAGAGCGGUGUUGGCUGGAAUGAAGCAAAAGGCAUGCUACAAGCUGAUCCUCAUCUCUGGGUAAACUUGGCGACCUCUUUGGGCGACAGGAUCAAGAAGUUCAAGCGCAAAGCUUUUCCUCUUUAUGAUUCCCUUGGGGAGCUCUAUAAUGGGCAAUUAGCUGAAGGCAAACUUUGCUUCACAUCUACUGCCGGGCCAUCGAUGGAGAUCGAAGAUGUAGAAAGUGAUGAUGACUAUGAGGUACAUGGGGACAAAUGCUACGAUGAAGACUUGCAGAUCAUUGAUGAUGAGCAAAUGGAGAGGAACACGUCACAUGUUGCUGCUGUCGAGAGGAACAAGUCACAUGUUGCUGCUGUCGAGAGGAACAAGUCACAGGUAACUGCUGUCGAGAGGAACAAGUCACGUGUAGCUGAUGUCGAGAGGAACAUGUCACGUGUAGCUGCUGUCGAGAGGAACAUGUCACAUGUAGAUGCUGUCGAGAGGAACACAUCACAAGUAGCUGCUGUCGAGAGGAACACGUCACAAGUAAUUGCUGUUGAGAGGAACAAGUCAAAUGUUGGUGGCUCGAGAGUGAAUCGUAAGAAUAGCCCAAAGAAGAGGAGCACAGAUGGUUUAGUAGGAGUGAUGGAGAGAUUAGUGCAAAUCAAAGAAAAGGAAGCCAGAAAAGAAGUUGCACAAGAAUUCACAAUUACAAGAUGCAUGGAAGCCUUGAAAACCUUGGAAGGUGUCACACCGGAUGAGAAAAUUACAGCACUGGAGGUCUUUGAAAAUGCUCACAACCGUGAGUUUUUUGUCAAUCUCGUAGAUGACAAAGAUGGCACAGCUAUUCUAUGGUUUCGCAGACAGUUGGCUAGGUUAACUUGAGGAAUGCAGCAUAAGUGAACUCAGGAAUCCAAGAGGAGGACGCUCCACAGCUAGUAGUUUUUAGUGUAUGUUUUCUAAGAUUGUGAACCGGCGAAUUUAUCAUCUCUGCUUCCAAAGUUGAGCACAAGAAGUGCCAUUUAAUAUAUUGCAUUUACUUUUUUUUUUGCGAGAAUAUAUUGCAUUUACUUGAUACUUAAUUUAGUUUUGUGGUCACCAUUGAUUGAAGUUAAUGUGAACCAGUUGAUGAACAGAAUGGUGUACAAUUUUGAUUUUUAUUACUUCACAAUGCAACAUGCCAUUUGCUCCCA